AUGGGGGGCCCAGACGCUCCUGCUGCUGGGACCGGCGCUUCUCCGGGGAUGGCCGGUCGACGUCGCUCUGCCAGGAGCGCAGCCCGUCGGAAGCGUCCCGGUGAAGAACCUGGCACCGAGGGCGCCAUCAACGACACGGCAGCGGCCCGCAUCCCGCCCAAGAAGAAGAAGGCCAAGCAGAGGCCGCGGUGCGCAACCCAGCGCUACUGGAAUGACGCGGAGAAGCACCGCACGUACUGGUGCCCCAACCAGUGCUCCAAGCACGUCGCCCAUCCGGAGAAUUCGAAGCGGAGCAUCCCCCUGUGCGCCAGGCACGCCCAGAACGCGAUCGACGGGGUCGUCCCAGAUGAGUGCGUCAAGCCGGAGGAGACCGUCGCGGACGUGGAGGUGUCGACGGCGAGUCUUCUCAGGGCCGUGUUUAGCUUCUGGCAGACCUCCGGGGGCCACCCCACCCUCGACAGGCUGCGGUCGCCGCACGGGGACGCGCCCAUAAACAUGCAGAAGGUGCUGUUGGCGGCCAUCACCAGCGACGUGUCUCCCGGCGAGCACGUCCUGGGGGUGGGUGCCACGCGGCACGUCGAGGCGACGGUCAAGGCGCUAAAACGGAGGAGGAAGCCGCCGCUGAUGUCGGACACGUCGGUGACCGCCAUCCUGGAGCGGUACACCAACCGGCUCCAGUGGGCGCUCGACAACUUCGCGCGCAUCGGCGGGUGCAGGCCCAGCGUCGUGCCUAGGCGGAACGACUUCAAGGUCGAGCCGCUGCGGGACCACCUCGAGUGCAACAUGACGAAGGGGUACCGCGGGAGCACGCGGACUCCGCGCAUCGAGGUGCACAACGUCGGCGGUUGCCCCGCCCCGCUCGUCGUCUUCCACCAGGUGGCGUCCCGGACAAGCGAGGACCUGCUGCUCCAAGAGCACUUCACCCCGGACCUCAUCAAGGCGGCGCGCAAGCUCGUCGCGACGGGUCUGUGCGACGGGCCCGCGGAACUGUGCGACGGCGCGGGGGUGUCCAGGUGGCUGACGACCCACGCUGAAUUCACUGGCCUCGACGGGAAGGCCGCGCUGAAGGCAGUUCGGGAAGAGCAAGAGAAGCAGCGCAAGGAGGGUGCGCCACCGUCGCGCAACACGCCCAGCGAGGAGGAGGCGGACUCCACCGUGGAGGACCUGCCCAGCGAGGAGGAGGCGGACUCCACCAUGGAGGACCUGCCCAGCGAGGAGGAGGCGGACUCCACCGUGGAGGACCUGCCCAGCGAGGAGGAGGCGGACUCCACCGUGGAGGACCUGCACGCGGCCAUCGACGCCGUGAGGAAGGACAUCAUGGACGACAUCGUGCGCCCCUACGUCGAGCUCCUGGGGAUGGACGAUGCCUGGAAGCCGUCGGAGAUCAAGGACGGAUUUUACAUGGAGUACACAGCCGCCAGCGACGCACCGUCGGGGCCAGGUCUCGCCGCGCACCACGACUCGUCCUUGUGGACGAUGAUAUUCAUCCUCCCGACUCUGCCGGGCGAGGAGUGGAAGGGCUGCUACCUGGCGUUCACCAGCAAGGUCGCACCCGAGCCCGAUGUCGGGGACCGCGUCCGUCGGGUGCGUCUGAGCGAUCUGGGCGCCGCGCCCGCGGACGGGACCUACGACCGCAUCCGUCCGGCGAACGACCAGGCCGGCCAAGGCCCACCUGAGUAUUGGGCCGCCGCCCUGCAGCCCGGAGACAUAGUCUGCCAGAGCUUCGGCUUCCAGCACGCGGUCACGGAGAUCAGGUCCGUGGACGCGCACAAGCCGGGCAAGCGGCAGAGCCUGGCGCUGUUCAUGGGCAUGCCGGUGGGACGGAACACGGCCAACCUCACAACGUACAAAUAG